CACCAAAAUACGCUCGCAUUGGAGGAAUCAAUCUUACUGACUCCAUGAAUUUGGACAUAAAAAUUAAAAGAAUUAUAGUGCAUCCUUCAUACGACUAUAUAUCAUCUUAUAAUGAUAUUGCGUUAAUAGAGCUGGAACAAGAAUCAAAUAAUGAGGUAGUUUGCUUAUGGAGUAAAUAUGAUCUACCAAAUAAAAAUGUCACAGCAAUUGGUUAUGGACACACAAAAUUCGGCGGAGAAGCUUCUCAACAGCUGCUAAAGGCCAAUUUGAAUAUAGUUCACAAUAAUCUUUGUAGAACACAUUAUAUUCAUGAUAACGAUCAACUUCAAUAUGGCAUUAUCAAUACACAGAUUUGUGCUGGAGAUCCAGAAGAAUUACGAGACACUUGUCAGGGUGACUCUGGUGGUCCAGUAAUCAUGAAAAUUGGUGAAGACAUUAUACAUGACUUUAUUGUUGGUAUUACAUCAUUUGGACAAGGCUGUGCUGGGAAACCACCCAGCGUAAAUACAAGAAUAUCAGCUUACAUCGAUUGGAUAGAGAACAUUGUAUGGCCUCAAUCAUUAUAAACAUCUUAAUAUAAAAUAUGGGUAUAUGUACAUACGUAGUAUUGUGGAUUCUAACGAAUACCAGCUAUAUAUAGCACAUUUUACAUAUAAAGUUUUUAUAUAUCAAAAUUAUUUAUAUUUUUAAA